GGAGACUAUGCGCGAGCGCGCUUUCCCUCCGAAGCUCAUCGCCUUCGCCAGGUAUCUGGUUUCAGUGGCGUUUCUGCUGAGAGCCAUCGCGCGGAGCUCUCUGUGGUUCAUCCCGCCAGAAAGACUAUUAAGACUGACGAAGGCCAGGGAGUUGCUUUUCGAGAAUGCGUACGAUCAGACGAAAGGCGAGUACUUGGAGACUCCCGCGAGUGCGGUGGCGCACGAAUCCCGCGAGGCUGUGCGCCGCGGCUUCAUGUUGCAGACGGACCGCGAUCUGGCCAUGGGUCGCCACACGCAAAUCCACAAGAUGUCCGACCGUGAAUUCAUUCUGGUGCAAAAAGGCCUCAUCAAGGCUCUCAACUUGUCGAUCGAGGUAUUGCCCCCUUCGCAGGUGCGCGUACACAUGUGCUGGGGCAACUACGGCUUUUCGCAUCAUCGGGGCACCUCGCUGGACAAGAUCGUUGAUAUCCUCAAUCUGA